AUGUUGAAGCUUAAUACAAAAGAGGUUCCAAGCCCUACUACCUACAAUACAACCUUCUCACGUGUCAAAGUGUUUCUUAUCUUAUACUAUUCACAAAUGACAAUGUCUGACAUAGAGCUUGCCAAAGAGUUCACGAACACAGUUCCUAAACCAAGCACUUCAAUGAAUGGAGUUGAGCAGUUUGAAGAUGGUAAAGCACUUCAAAAUGCAAAAGGGAUUGUUUUCUAUGGGAAGAAGGGUAACAAAGGACAAAAGAACUAUAUGUUUUAUACUGAUUUGAAAGAAAGAUUCUCAACUCUUCAGAUUAACAAUGUUUUACUUCGAAUGGUGAGUUGUUUGAUGAAUAUUGGAGAAGAUAAGCAUGAGAUACGUUCUAUUCUUAGAUGGUAUCUUGAAGUUUGA